ACCUGCGCGCGGCGGGGAGCCCACGCGGGCUCUGCGCGUGUUUUCCCAGCCCGCCUGCCAACGUCUGCCCGGAGCCGGCGGACGCGGGGUCACGGUCCCAGCCCGCGGGGGGCUGCGGAGGCACGCGUGCGGCUCCCGUGGGCGCCGGGACCCUUUAUGACGCGCCAGAUGCCCCGGUGCUUCCCACCGGCGCGUGGCCGCCCAGCGCGGCACCGGGCCUGGGCCCGCGGCGGGCGGGGGAGCGCGCACGGGCCCUGAGCACGCACUUACAGAGGGGCCGCUUCCCGUCAGGACACCGGAGCCGUCCCUUUGGAGGAGCCGGGGAAGCCACCAGCGGGAGCCUGACCGUUCUGCCUCUUGUGGCCGCAAUGCUGACUGCCCGCCUCUCCAGACCCCUCUCACAGCUCCUGAGGAAAACCCCGCGUUUCUCUAAUAGAGAGGAUGCAACAAGACGCUCACUGCUGUUUUACUCCGCCUCCUCCAUCCCUGUCGGCCGUCGGACUUAUGCGGCUUCCGUGGACCCGGUUGGCAGCAAAGCUGUCCUGGUCACGGGCUGUGACUCUGGCUUCGGGUUCUCCUUGGCCAAGCAUCUGCAUUCAGAAGGCUUCCUUGUGUUUGCUGGCUGCUUGAUGAAGGACAAAGGGGGCGACGGGGUCAAGGAGCUGGACAGCUUGAAGAGUGAUCGAUUAAGAACCAUCCAGCUCAACGUCUGCAAAAGCGAAGAGGUGGAUAAAGCGGUGGAGGUCAUCCGCUCGAGCCUGGAGGACCCUGAGAAAGGCUUGUGGGGCCUGGUGAACAACGCGGGCAUCUCGAUGUUCGGAGACGUGGAGUUCACCAGCAUGGAGACCUACAAGGAGGUGGCGGAAGUGAACCUCUGGGGCACAGUGCGGGUGACAAAAUCCUCUCUCCCCCUCAUCCGGAGGGCCAAAGGCCGCGUGGUCAACAUCAGCAGCAUGCUAGGCCGCAUGGCCAGCGUGGCCCGCUCUCCGUACUGCAUCACCAAGUUCGGGGUGGAGGCCUUCUCUGACUGCCUGCGCCACGAGAUGCACCCUCUGGGCGUGAAGGUCAGCGUGGUGGAGCCCGGCAACUUCAUCGCCGCCACCAGCCUCUACGGUGCCGAGCGCAUCCGGGCCAUCGCCAGGAAGAUGUGGGACGAGCUGCCCGAGGUGGUGCGCAGGGACUACGGCAGGAAGUACUUUGACGAGAGGGUCGCCAGCAUGGAGGCCUACUGCAGCAGCGGCUCCACCGACGUGUCCCCCGUCGUCCGCGCCGUCGCGCACGCCCUGACCUCCGCCGUGCCCUACACGCGCUACCACCCCAUGGACUACUCCUGCUGGCUGCGAAUGCAGCUCAUGACCCACUUGCCGGCGGCCAUCUCCGACAGGAUCUACGUGCGCUGAGGACCUUGCCGCUGGCCUCUGGCCGGGAGCCCUGCGGGGAGGGAGGCGGGAGGAGGCGCUUGCCGCCCUGCCUCUUGACGACCCACGUGUGGAUUACCCCCGGCCCAGGAGGACCGCGGCCAGCCUGAGCGUCAACCGGAGCAGGGAGCCCCGCUCCGCGCGUGUGCCCUGUGAAUGGCUCAGCCCUUCUCCACGGGCGUGCAGAGGGGUGGGCAGGGCCCCCAGCCCUCAGGGCGGACACGGGGCAUCUGUCUUUCUGCAGUUGAUUUUACACAAAGAUUUCAGGUAGACAUUUUUAUAUUAACAACAGAUUUAUUAUCAAAUAGAACCCAAAUCUUUUAUAUUUUAAAGCCAAA